AUGGCUCUCCAACCCUCUCUCCGUCCCCUCAUCAUUGUCGGCCCCUACGACGCCCCCCACACCCUCGACGUUUUCCUGGACUAUGUCUGCCCGUUCUCCGCCAAGAUCUCUCUCGCCAUCGAUGCCGUCCUGAAGCCGCUCCUGAGUCCCGGCGGAAAGUACGCCGGGAAGGUGAAGAUCAUCUUCAGGCCGCAAGUCCAGCCAUGGCACGCUACCUCCACUCUCACCCACGAAGCCGGGCUUGCCGCUGCCCGCGCCGCUCCCGACGCUUUCUGGGCGUUUUCUCUCGCGCUCUUCAAGCAGCAAGGCGACUUUUUCGACAUCCCGAGCUCGACCCUCACGCCGCUCCAGAUUCGCGAGAAGCUCGCAGCGAUCGCGCAGCAGACGAUAGGUGCGAACCGCGUCGACGCGUUCAAGGGCCUCCUCAAGCUCAAGUCCACGCCGAACGGCGGCGUGGACGUCACCGAGGACCUCAAGUACACCAUCAAAUUCUCAAGACAGAACGGUAUCCACGUCUCUCCGACCGUCCUUUGGGACGGCCUGGUCGCUAAUGAGGUAUCGAGCUCUUGGGGAGAAAAGGAGUGGACCGACUUCUUGGAGAAGAAGGUCUCCGUCUGA